CUUGCGCGACGCGGCUAGCCACGGUCUUUGAACUUAUUUCUUAAGUCUCUGGCGUCAGCUCACUGGCACUCUUGUUUGUAUCUACCUUAAACUGCCCGCAACAAUGGCCUCAACUCCUCCAUCAACAACCGCAACCUUCUCUAGCAUUCCGAUCCUCCCGCUCUCGCAAGCCCUCAACCCAUCCACGAAACCGCAAUUCCUAGCCUCCCUACGCUCCGCCCUGCUCAAUGUGGGUUUUCUCUAUCUGUCCGAAACCGGGCUUCCAGAUACGCUAAUCCAGGAUGUCAUCCACGAGUGUCGAAGUUUCUUCGAGAAGCUGCCGUGGGAAGAGAAAGAGGCAAUUGAGAUGAAGAAUCAGAAGAGCUUCCUCGGGUGGAGUAGGCUUGACAAUGAAACCACAGCCUUCAACCCAGACCACCGAGAACAACUUGACCUAUCAACACCACACCCGAUCCCCGGGCCUAUGGCACCUCUAUACCACAACCUUCUUGCACCGAACCAAUGGCCUUCACCCGCCCAUCUGCCUUCUUUUCGCCCAGUCUAUGAAGACUAUAUGCGUCGCAUGUCAAAUAUAUCCACACUCUUCACUUCGUUGAUUGCAGAGGCGAUUGGCCUCCAUGUCGAUGCAUUCAACAAGUUCUUUGAUCAAGACCAACAGCAUAAGUUGAAAAUUGUCAAGUAUCCUGAAGUCGAUGUUCCGGAUCUGCCCGCUGGCGCAAGCGAAAUCGAUCGAAAGAAAUGGGAGAUUAAGAGGCAGGGCGUUGGACCACACAAAGACAGCAUGUUGACGAGCUACCUGUUGCAGGCGAGCGAUCAGCCCGGGUUGCAGGCACAGAACGCGAGAGGGGAGUGGGUGGAUUGUAAGCCGAUUUCCGGAACGCUAGUCGUUGCCAUUGGUCAGGGUAUGGAAGCGUUGACAGACGGCGUUUGUGCAUCAACCACCCAUCGUGUGCUCAGUCCGCAGAAAGGGGAAGGUGCCAGGUACUCGGUUCCAUUCUUCCAGGGCGUAAGCUACGACGCGAAGUUUGAGGCCAUGGACGUGCCCGGCGAGGUGCUCAAGCUACGAGACGAAGCUCGGAAGGCAAGACGGGACGACGUCGAGUUCACCUUCGUCAAAGGGCGAUGGGGGCAUCUUGGCGAGGCCACCCUGAUGAACAGAGUGAAGAGCCAUCCGGAUGUCGGCGAACGUUGGUACCCCGAAUUGCUUGCGGAGAUCCGUGCACAGCAAGCUGUUGCAGCGAAAGCAUCAUAAUCAGGCUUUCCUCACAACACCUACCCAAAACAUCACCACCUUUUCAGAGUGUGCCCUGACUGUGCAACGUCCUGCAGCAGUAUCG